AUGGCCCACCCGUCCGGGCUGGUUGGGCUGAUCUCCGGGCGGGCCGUGCGUGACAUCGGGCACGUCAUACGGCUCUCUUUCCCCGGGCCAGGCAGCGCGUGGAGGGCCACACGACGGCGACAUGACCAACGGCCGCCACCCCUCCCCCUGCUGGGUGGCCCUCUUCGGGGUGGGCCUUCCCCGAUCGGGGGGGACAUAUCAGCCGGAGUGCUUGCUCUCCCCCCCGGAGAGGGUGGGGCGGAACACGGACCCGUGUCCGGCGGGGGUGGGUUCGAGGCCGGGCUCAGCAUCGGCCAGAAAAGGGGGUCUACGCGGCGCGGUAGACAUGGGCGGGAAGGCCCUGGGAGGGCGGCCCCCCCUAUCCGGCCGAGACCAGUGCGGGAGAGGAUAUGGGCGGGGCUUGUUGGCCGGGAGAGGAAGGAGCGAGCCGACCCCCCGCUUGUGGGUCGGUCCCAAAAACCCCAAAUCGACGAUGACGCUACCAUCGACCGACACCUUCUCCCGCCCUCCCCCUUCCCCCAUACCCACCAACCAGCCUCUUCCUGGUAUACCCCGAACCAGAAGCCCGAAGGCCCACCUUCUUCGGCACCCCUUCUUGCGGCAUGGCCGGGAGCCCCUCCUCUCUCCGCGCCGCCCUCAACUCGAGUGGAUGCCGGCGUGUUCUUCCAGCAGCCAGCAGCGGAAGGCACAUGUCCACAGCCCGUGACGGCUCGGGGGUGGAUCGAGGUGGUGAGUGCAUCUCCUGUCCUGCCGACCGAAGGGGUGGGCUGUGCCCGGGGAGUGGGGCCCGGGUCGGGGUGUUGGGCGAAGGAAGGGCGUCCGAGCCCAUGCGCGACGGAGACCAGAAAGCACACCCGCAGCAAGCCCGCCGCCCGGUCUUCCCCGCACAAGCCCCCGGCGGCCGGAGAGGCCACUCCCAUCCCGACCCGCCGGUGCCACCCCGAAGCCGAAUCCUGCUUGCUGGUAUGCGGGGCGGGGUGCCGACCGGGUGCUUUGGCUCGUCUGGGGGUAAAACAAGGCGCGGCCCCUCCGACGUGCUGGAGGGAGGAAAGGGAAGGAAACAGGGAAGGACAGGGAGGGGGGGCGGGCUCGGGGCGAGCUAUCAUCCCUUCGUCCCAGUCGCAUGUUCGACGGCCAUGGUCCCCCGAGUGCGGUGAGUCGUGGCCGGAAUGGCCGGCCCCAUGGCAGAAUCGGCGGCGGCUACAGCUAAUGUGGAUGAUGCCGGUGAUUGGCCCAUCGUAUCAUCCAACAGCACGGGGAACACCGGAGAGUUCGUAUUUGCUGCGGGGGGCAUUGACUCUGUUGGCGUGGGUGGGGUAG